AUGUCUUCAGGCAAUGCUGCCGCCGGGGGCACUAUGCGAGGCACCCCCAAUCGCGACCGACGAGGCCAGAUUCCUUUUCAAAAUAGCCCCGGCGGAUCGGGUAUCCCUCGUCCUGUUGUUGACGAGAAGCCCGCCGAAGUCACAUCUUCUGUCAGCGCAAGCAGGCAGAAGCAAUCGAAAAGAGAUGAGGCCAUUCGCCGAAAGCUGGAAAAUGAUCUCUCCAAAAAGAAGCAUCUCAACACACGGGCUCGCCACACCCGGAAAGCACCCCCCGGCACUGUCCUCGCUCUGAAGCCAAGCCCAGCCCUGCAGAUCAAGCCUAACACCACGGUAUCUGAGGCAGCUCAGCUUAUGGCCGCAAAGCGUGAGGACUGCGUUCUUGUUACAGACGAGGAUGAUCGCAUCGCUGGUAUCUUUACGGCCAAGGACCUGGCUUUCAGGGUUGUCGGUUCCGGUUCCAAGGCCUCCAACGUCACCAUUGCCGACAUCAUGACCAAGAACCCUCUCUGCGCACGAACCGACACGAGUGCUACCGAUGCGUUGGACCUCAUGGUUCGCAAGGGAUUCCGUCAUUUGCCAGUUAUGGACGAAAAUCAAGAUAUUUCCGGUAUUCUGGAUAUCACCAAGUGCUUUUACGAUGCCAUGGAGAAGCUGGAGCGUGCCUACUCUUCGUCCCGCAAACUUUACGACGCUUUGGAGGGUGUGCAAUCCGAGCUUGGCGCCAGCCAGCCUCAGCAGAUUAUUCAAUAUGUCGAAGCUCUUCGUACCAAGAUGUCCGGCCCUACUCUCGAGUCCGUUCUAGACGGCACACCACCUACUACUGUGAGCGUCAGGACAUCUGUUAAGGAUGCGGCGGCUUUGAUGAGGGAGAACCACACAACUGCAGUAUUAGUGCAGGAUCAAGGUGCUAUUACUGGCAUUUUUACCAGCAAAGACGUUGUCCUAAGGGUCAUCGCCCCUGGCCUUGACCCUACGAACUGUAGCGUGGUCCGUGUGAUGACCCCCCAUCCCGACUUUGCUCCUAUGGACAUGACAAUUCAGGCUGCCCUUCGAAAGAUGCAUGAUGGCCACUACCUCAAUCUUCCCGUGAUGAACGAUGGCGGCGAGAUCGUUGGCAUGGUUGAUGUGUUGAAGUUGACCUACGCUACUUUGGAACAGAUUAACACCAUGGCCACUGGUGACGGUGAGGGCCCUGCAUGGAAUAAGUUCUGGUUGUCCAUGGACAAUGAGACGGAGUCCAUGGUAUCCGGUGAUGGGAGCCAAAGCCACCGUCACACUAACCUUGGCUCGCGAAUGAUGUCGCCUGAUAUGAAUCGGGAUAGUGUUGCACCAGGAGAUUCUGCCUCUCAUGUCGGAAUGGAGUCGCCGAUUCGAUCUGCUCUUCCUGAUGUCCCAGAACAUUUCCCAGGCGAAAUCCCCUUUCCUUUCAAAUUCAAAGCUCCUUCUGGGCGUGUCCACCGUCUACAGGUCAUUGCUUCCCAUGGAAUCGAGGCACUUGUGGCUGCAGUGGCUGCCAAGCUCGGCAACGAGGUUGAGGGCAUCGGCGGUGUCCCAACCGUCGAAGAAGGCAAGCUAGACGGGGCGGGUUUUGCUCUAAGCUACGCCGACAGUGAUGGCGAUACCGUUUCAAUCACAACUGAUAAUGACCUGCUAGAGGCCAUUCUGCUGGCCCGUCAAGGACACCGAGACAAGGUUGAUCUCUUUGUCCAUGAUCCUGAGAAGCCACCAGUUGUUCCGUUGGCUACAUCUCUUCAUGAGAACAACGCAAUUCCAACACCGCCUGCAUCCUCCGCAGUUGGUAUCCGUGAACGUCGUAGUAGAAUAUACGUGGACGAUGAUGAUGACGAUGAAGAUUACGACGAUGAGGCAUCCACAAUUCACCGCCGGCGAAGAGCAAGAAACGAUCCUCUGCAAGACCAGGUCAUUGCAGGGGUUCCAAACGAGCUUCUCCUUCCCGGUGCUAUCGUCACUUUAGCAGCUGUCAUAGUUGGUGUCUUCACCAUCUCCAGAAUUACGUCCCGAUAA